UUGCGGCAUCGGGAGGAGCAGCAGCAGCAGUAGCGGCGGUGGCGGGCGCAGGGGGAAACGGACCAGCGGGCGCGGACGGCAGCACAGCUCCAGCACACCAUGCCGGACUUGCCCAGAGGGCAGUGGCACUCGCGUCCCUAGCCUGGCGCAGGCCCUUGGCGCGUUGCGCUCGGCGGCGUUCCGGCUGAGCGCAUUCAUCGGAGAUUCGAAACCUCCCACCCCUGCUCGCUCACUCUCCACACUCACACUCCCCGCACCACACACUCACUCUUCCUCUCUCACACAUUCACACACUGCCUGACAGAAAGCGAGCAAGACAGACCUCCCGAGUGCGAGAGCGUCCGGGAGGGAGGGAGCCCAAACGCAGCGCGGCCAGCGCCUCUCUGGGAGGAUGGAAUCAAGACCCUCUCGCAAGUAAACUUUGGCGGCGACAUAACCGUCGACCGUGGCAGCUGCUGAGGCGGACCUUAGCGACAUUCGACUGAGCUAGGAGGAUUUCUUCCCACAGCGGCGGCGGCGGCGGCGGCGGCGGCGGCCCUCAGAGCGACACCCCAGCCUAAACCAAGGGAGGAGGUGAAGCCCCGGGUACCCGCGGCAGCGGCCCCGCCUCUCCUGGCCGGUACUGUUGUCGCUUUCCCUCCCCUUUUCCCCAUUCCCCGCCCCCCACCCCGGGCCAUUGGAAAGACCUGGACUUUGAUAAAUCGCCAUCGCCCCGUUUUCACAAACUUGACGUGGAGGCUCGGGCUGCGUUGGUAAUUUGGAUUUCCAAGACGCAAACCCCCGCAGUCCAGCUGCUCUGUGGAGGGGACUCCGCGACCACCUCCAAUCCUGGACAGACGCGCCCCCCCCCCCAAGCCUUCUGAAGCCAACCUCGGCGCGAGGGAGAGCGUUCUUGUCUCAGCAGCCUCCCUCUCUCCCCUCCCCCUUCUUCUGCCGGCCGCGGGACCGCCAUCCGGCUCAGCUGGAUACCCAGGCGCCUGCGGCGCUUGACAGCAACUCAGAGUCCCACCUUUGAUCAUCCUUUCUCCCCAACAGACCUUGACAAGGCCAGCGUGGCCCCCCCGGACCUCGGAGGGCGCGUUCCAGGCGGGUUCUCUCUCCGCAGUGAGCCAGGAGAGCUAGGGGAAGGUCCUUGCGCAUGCCAGGUGCACAGACAACGCGUUCGCCAGCCCCAGUGCCGGUGUGCCGCGGCGGGCCGGGCAGUGCCUGAGAGGCUGCACUCCCACGGCCCUCCCGGUCUUGGCCCCAAGUGCGGUCCAGACUCAGCCUUCCGUCGACCAGGCCGCUCAGACGGCGUCGGACCCGCAGCCCUGCCCCGCUGCGGCCAGUCGCGCCUGGCUAACUUUGAAGGGGGAAAACUGAGAAGCCGGGCUGGAGGGAGGGGGCUCGGGGCCGCGUGGAGCUCCCUUGGCCCCCCGGAGCCCCCGGGCCCCCCGGCAACCCCCUACGAGUCUGCUGCAACCUCAGCAUUGGAGCCAGCGCGGGUGUCUCCCCCGCGCCGCCGGGCCGCCCUGGGCGGGACUCCUCCCGCGGCCUCCCGGGCCCCGGGGCGCGCGCAACAGGCGGCCCGAGUCAGCGGGAAGCUGGAGCGCCGGCGGCGUCGGCCUCGGAGGGGUGUGGAGAGGCGAGGCCAGGCAGAGCCCCGCGCAGCCAUGGAGUCGCUCCUGCUGCCGGUGCUGCUGCUGUUGGCCGUACUGUGGACGCAGGCAGCCGCCCUCAUUAACCUCAAGUACUCGGUAGAAGAGGAGCAGCGCGCCGGGACGGUGAUCGCCAACGUGGCCAAGGACGCGCGCGAGGCGGGCUUUGCUCUGGAUCCACGGCAGGCCUCUGCCUUCCGUGUGGUGUCCAACUCAGCCCCGCACCUGGUGGACAUUAACCCCAGUUCGGGCCUGCUUGUCACCAAGCAGAAGAUCGACCGCGACUUGCUGUGCCGCCAGAGCCCCAAGUGCAUCAUCUCGCUCGAGGUCAUGUCCAGCUCAAUGGAGAUAUGCGUGAUUAAGGUGGAGAUCAAGGACCUGAACGACAACGCGCCCAGCUUCCCAGCGGCACAGAUCGAGCUGGAGAUCUCAGAGGCAGCUAGUCCUGGCACGCGCAUCCCGCUGGACAGCGCUUAUGACCCGGACUCGGGCAGCUUCGGCGUGCAGACAUACGAGCUCACGCCUAAUGAGCUGUUUGGCCUGGAGAUCAAGACGCGCGGCGAUGGCUCACGCUUUGCGGAACUUGUGGUGGAGAAGAGUCUGGAUCGCGAGACACAGUCGCACUACAGCUUUCGCAUCACCGCACUCGACGGCGGCGACCCACCGCAUCUGGGCACUGUCGGCCUCAGCAUCAAGGUGACCGAUUCCAAUGACAACAACCCGGUGUUUGGCGAGUCCACCUACGCAGUGAGUGUGCCAGAAAACUCACCUCCCAAUACACCAGUCAUCCGCCUCAAUGCCAGCGACCCAGACGAGGGCACCAAUGGCCAGGUGGUCUACUCCUUCUACGGCUAUGUCAACGACCGCACGCGUGAGCUCUUCCAGAUCGACCCACACAGUGGCCUGGUCACAGUCACCGGUGCCCUAGACUAUGAAGAAGGCCAUGUGUACGAACUGGACGUGCAGGCCAAGGACCUGGGGCCCAACUCCAUCCCGGCACACUGCAAGGUGACCGUCAGCGUUCUCGACACCAAUGACAACCCGCCGGUCAUCAACCUGCUGUCAGUUAACAGCGAGCUGGUGGAGGUAAGCGAGAGCGCCCCCCCGGGCUACGUGAUUGCACUGGUGCGGGUGUCUGAUCGAGACUCGGGCCUCAAUGGGCGCGUGCAGUGCCGAUUGCUGGGCAACGUGCCCUUUAGGCUGCAGGAGUAUGAGAGCUUCUCCACUAUCCUGGUGGACGGACGGCUGGACCGCGAGCAGCAUGACCAGUACAACCUCACGAUCCAGGCACGCGACAGCGGUGUGCCCAUGCUGCAGAGUGCCAAGUCCUUUACAGUUCGCAUCACCGACGAGAAUGAUAACCACCCGCACUUUUCCAAGCCUUACUACCAGGUCAUGGUGCAGGAGAACAACACACCUGGCGCCUACCUGCUUUCCGUGUCUGCCCGAGACCCCGACCUGGGUCUCAAUGGCAGUGUCUCCUACCAGAUUGUGCCGUCGCAGGUGCGGGACAUGCCUGUCUUCACCUAUGUCUCCAUCAACCCCAACUCGGGCGACAUCUACGCGCUUCGAUCCUUCAACCACGAGCAGACCAAGGCAUUCGAAUUCAAGGUCCUGGCCAAGGAUGGCGGCCUGCCUUCGCUGCAGAGCAACGCCACGGUUAGGGUCAUCAUCCUCGACGUCAACGAUAAUACCCCGGUCAUCACGGCCCCACCCUUGAUCAACGGCACUGCCGAGGUCUACAUCCCCCGCAACUCUGGCAUAGGCUAUCUGGUGACCGUCGUCAAAGCAGACGACUAUGAUGAGGGUGAGAACGGCCGAGUCACCUACGACAUGACCGAGGGCGACCGCGGCUUCUUUGAAAUAGAUCAGGUCAAUGGCGAAGUCAGAACCACUCGCACCUUUGGCGAGAGCUCAAAGGCUUCUUAUGAGCUUAUUGUGGUGGCCCACGACCAUGGCAAGACGUCUCUCUCCGCCUCUGCACUAGUCCUAAUCUACCUGUCCCCUGCUCUUGACGCCCAAGAGUCAAUGGGCUCGGUGAACUUGUCCCUGAUUUUCAUUAUCGCCCUGGGCUCCAUUGCCGGCAUCCUCUUUGUCACUAUGAUCUUCGUGGCAAUCAAGUGCAAGCGAGACAACAAAGAGAUCCGGACCUACAACUGCAGGUAGAGCCAACUUUUUUUCUUUCCUUUGUCUUGGAUGAAUAAGGUGUAUCUGUGUCUCAGUGUGAAAAUCCCAGUGCUUUUGUUUCCUACUUAAAUGCAUGCUGUGUACAUACUGCGCUUCUUUUUGGAGGGGGGAAAGUUUGUGGCAGUCCUAGUUGAUCAAUUCUUUUGAUCUGACAAUUUGCUGGAAGACAAUCAUUUACUGUUCGAGUGGUGGAUUCUGUCACAUAAUGAUGAUGAGCAGGAAAGCAAUUAUCAUUUUAAAAUUCGUGCAGCUGUCUCCAUGAAGUUAUGGCAGGAAAAAAAUGAGAGAGAGAGAGAAAGAGAGAGUCAAUUUUCAGCAGAACCACCAACACCAAGUCCCACAACUUGAUUUCAGGGGCACAGUGUUUUGGGGACAGAUACUGAAAGGAGAGGGAGUGCUGGUAGUUGCCUGGUCCUGUUGUAGGGAAAAACUGAAGAGAGCCUGUGAGUGGGUAUCUAAGGUAGGAGACAGUGGAGGGAAAACAGAAAUGUGUGGGGAAGCAGGUGACUAGUGUUUUUUUUAAAAGUGUGUUCUUGGCUUGUUUUGUAUCCAUUCCCCAAAACACCUGGCUAUGUAUGGUGAAAUUCUACCAGUCAUUUAUGUUUUCACAUAUCUGGUUGGUUGGUGGGGUAGAGACCAAACAUCCCAAUGAGGGAUAGGACUUCACUUCCAGAUGUUGCAGUAAAAAUAGCAAUCUUCUGGAGCUGAUGGUGUUUUUCUGUAAUGUGGGAUUCAGCUGUGGCAUUAAGAUCUGGUCCCUACCAGUGGAUGUCAC